UGAAAUAAUCUUUGGUGUGUUUAUUUGUGGCUUUGCGCGAAGUUGAAAUUGAUGUGCAUUGUAUUUGGUUGUUUAUAAUGAACGUGGUGAACUUUACCUUGCACGUGGAUAAUAACACAUAUUGACGGUAUUAGGCGCAAACGAUACGUUGAAACACUGUGAGGAUGAAUUUUACAUUCGGAACUCCUGUUUCGAAACCUGCUACAGGUUUUACCUUAUCUCUCCCCGCGGCGAGUACUGGCCUUUCUUUCCAGUGGAGACUGACACUAACACCAAAAACUACAGCCACUACGUCAACAGCUGCUGCAUCAGGAACAACAGCACCAGCAGGAACAAGCACAGUGGCGACAACAACCGCUGCUACUGGCUUCAGCCUACCUUCAACUGCAGCAUCUGGCUUCUCCCUCAUCUCAAGUGCCGCUACAUCAACAGCUACAGGAACUGCACCCACGUCCAUUCAGGCUAUAGCAAUAAGCUCAUCUGUACAGGCUGGACUGGGUGCAACCACUGUGGUUUCAAGUGCAGCAGGUACAACUUCCUCUCUUAACUUCAGUCAGCUUGAAGAAAACAUAAACAAAUGGACUCUGGAAUUAGAGGAACAAGAAAAAGUUUUCAUGAAUCAGGUUGUGCAGAUUAAUGCAUGGGACCGCAUGCUUAUUUCUAAUGCUGAAAAGAUUGUGAAUUUGAAUAGUGCUGUGGAACAAGUCAAGCUAGAGCAGCAACAGCUGGAACAUGAGCUAGAUUUCAUUGUGGCUCAGCAGCGAGAACUGGAAGAAUGCUUAGUUCCUUUGGAAAAAGAACUUGAGAACACUAUUACUACAGGAAUAGAUCCAGAGCGGGAGCGAACUUACGAUUUGGCUGAGAAUCUAGAUUCUCAGCUUAAACAGAUGUCGGAAGAUCUCAAGGAACUUAUUGAUCUGUUGAAUGAAAUGAAUCGCAGUGGCAAGGAUUCAAAUGAUCCGUUUGUGCAAAUUGGCCGGAUUUUAAAUGCUCAUAUGAACUCUCUGCAAUGGAUUGAUGAAAACACUACUCAGCUCGCAACUCAGAUCGAACAAGUAUCAAAACUGCAUGACAUACUCAAAAGGGAGAAUGAACGAUCUUUCCAUCUUACUUAUGAUAAAGAUUAUUAAACUCUGUACAACAAACCACUGUGAUUAUGUUUUUCAAUAAAAAUUCAGAAAUUAA